AUGCUAGAAGACCCUACUGUUUUCGCCGCUUUAACCUAUGAUGAACUUACUCCUACUCUCGGUGCUGUUUUAACAGCUGCUAAAAAAAUUGCAAGAGAUUUAAAUUCAAGAGAAGAAACUGGCACUGCUCCUUAUCAUGCUUCUCUUAAUCCCGCCACUGAACUUUUUGAAAUUGACGCCUUGACAAAAACUAAAUUUGUCUCUUACUCUCACAAAGCACUUGAAUUAAUACCAAAGGAAAAAAAACCCAAAUUUGUUGCUCUAACCGUAGACGUAAAAGACUUUCUCGAUCCCGAGUUUCGUGGUGCGGCUUCGGCGACUGGAGAAGAAGGCACUUUUCUGCUUAAUCCUCUCUGA